CUGGACUAAAAAUAUUGGAAUAAUAUUUGAUAGAAUUGAUUGUUUAUUGUGCUUUAUUUCAUUAAAAAAUAGUAAAAUUUUCUUUUGUAUUAAAAUAAAAUAAAAACUUCAAAAUGGAUAGUUACACGCCAAUUUCAUGGUAUAUUGGCACCGAGUGGACUAUGCCGGCGAAAGGUUUGCGCAAGCAAGUUCUAUCCUUGGACAAUUUCAAGUGUUUGAAUAAACCUCAUUUAGUGUCGAAAGUUGUGAUAAAAGUGGAAGAAGUGCAAAAUUUAAAUGGACGUGAAAGUCAAUAUCUAUCCAAUGAGUUAAUUGAACAAGAGCAAAAAGUGGAAAUAGGCAGUGCUCUCACACCGGUUGAUUGCUAUGUAGAGCUGCUUGUGCGACAACUUGUGGUAGGUGAACGUGCCCGUUGCUUCAUUGCCACAAAGAAGGAGGAAAUAAUAUUCAUAUUGACUCUAAUAAGAAUAGAAGAAACAAAGGAAAUAUAUAAAUUAAAUGUUGCGGAGAUGUACGCCCUCGCAAUGCGUUACAAAGAAAAUGGCGUUGUUAUGUUCAAGCAGUACCCUUACUUUGCUCAUGCUUAUUUUUCGCGCGCCGCUAAAUUUUUGAUCUCAUAUAAACCAUUUGAAGGUCUAACGGUACACAAAGAUGGUAUAUCGAGUGAGGAAAUGCAAAUGCUUUUUACGCAGAUACAGACAAAUUUAGCCGCUUGUUUGUUGAACGAACAGCGCUACGAAGAUGUACUAUAUCAAACAAAAUUUGUAGAAGAGCAUCCAGAUGCAACAGAAAAAAGUAUUUACCGAAGGGCAAUGGCAUUUUAUCAUCUUAAAGAAUUUGAAAAAGCUCAGAAACUUAUUGAGAGUAUUUCAAAUUAUCAAGAGAAAAAAGAAUUUGCUAAACUUCAUCAACGUUUAGGGGAAAGUUGGAAAACCAGUAACGAGCAAUAUAAGAAUGUAGUGAAACGUAUGUUUAGUUAGACUGAAAUGUAUAAUUUUAAGAAGAAUGAUUUAAUAAAGUUGUAAAAAUAAGAAGUAAA